GUUCUCUCCACCACGUCAACAGCGGUAUCGCAUCGACACACGUCCAUCGACUAAUCCGAGCAACCCUUCCCACACCACGCAAACCUAAACUCAACUUCCUCCCUCCUUCCUCUUCCCGCUACAUACAUCAUACAUCAACACUACCUACCUAACUCCCCCUCCCUAAAAAAAACAAACAAAAACAAAACCUCCUUCAACAUUCCGCGUGCGCACUUAGAUCCAUCCUGGUGGAAACGUUAGAAAGAUAGCAAUAUGGCGAUUUGGCCCUUCAACAAGCGUCGGAAGCGGUCCACCGCCGAAGGAAAGAGGCCUGCUACGACGAUUGCUACCGCUACUACCACUACUAUAUCAACUACUACCGACAGCUCGGGAGGCCGACGGAAAACUUGGCUCUCGCGGAAUCCAUCGAAGCGGAGUAGGAUCUCGGCCCAACGGGGCAAUCCCCUCGACACCAUCACAUACGAGUCGCCCAGUGCCCGCGAUUUGGCGCUCGCAGGAAUUGACGAUGAUGUCGUGGCAGCGGACCGCGAAUACUUCCCUCGGAACCCGCGCGGCGGCUUCCUAUCACACCUUACCGAACGCAAUCAAUCUGCCAUGAGCGACUCCACCGGCUCGUCGCAUCGACCGCACAAGCAAUCCAGUUUCGUUCGCAGGCUCAGCCGGCGAAGACAGGGAAAGGCCAAGGCACAACCGCCCUCCGCGUACCUUAGCCGACAUAGCUCAAAGAGCAAUCGAAACCGCCCACUAUCAUCCAGCUCGACCGUACCACGCACCUCAAUGGACUCGCAAAUCUCUUCGAGAGCUUACAAAUUAAGGAAGCUCGAUGUGUUUUCUCCCCACCCCACACUCCACUACGACGACGGCGGGUCGCCGACGUCGAACCUAUCGAGCGAUUUCGGUUGUCCCGGAUUGGCGCCUAGUCGGUCCAAUUCUCGCCGGACUAAUUCACGGACCGCACAGACAUGGCGCUAUAAAGGGCCGUCGAUAUACGAGGAUGAUCGUCAUGCGCGCGUGGACGAUCUCGUCGACGAACUCGACGCCAAAGGAUUGAGGGAGGCUAUGGAGCGGGAUCAGAGGCGGCGCUACAGGAAGAAGGUGGAAUAUGAAGAGCGACUACGAAUGAAGCUGGAAAAGAAGUCGACACCCCACAGGGAUGUGGAGAGGGGUGGUGCAAGCCGUGAGAUGGAUCAGGAUAUCGACGAACGGCAUGGUCGCGACUAUCGGACACCCGACGCAUCUGCCUCGCCGGUCUCCAACAGGCAAGGGACACCGUUGUCGUGGUUCAACGCGGAUCCAUCGACCGAGGAUAUGGGCAACGGAUUGGAGCAGCAAUAUUCACCUAGACUGGACGUCGUGACACCGGUUUCGAUGCAGUCCAGAGAGUUUCACAAUCAGUCGCCGCAACCUCAGCUGCAGGUGGAGAAGGCUCUGCCAGCGGCCGUGAUCGACGAGGCUCCAUCUGGACGGACCAAAACUUCGGCAUGGACAUCCUUCAUUAAGCGUGCUACAGCCGCUCGGAUAAAGAAGGAGCGGUCUACCCGUAGCCCGGAGGUGGAACAACAACAACAGCCACAGCCACAACAACAGCAACCGCCCGUGGUAUCUGAUUUCGAGGGGGAGGAAGAAGAAGAGGAGGAGGAGGAUGACGGGUAUACGACAAAGCGGACCGAGCCGCCUCCGAGAAUCUUCUUGGACAUGGAGGAUCUCCGGCAGCGGCAGGGACAAACGCCCGGCCGUCACAUUCCGAAAGAGAUUGCUCUCGCGAUGACUGCCGUGGAGACUGGACAUAUUCAGAAUAAGGGCUACCCGGACAACGGCUACCCGGGCAACGGCUACCCGGGCAACAACGACGACUACGAGGAUGAGAUGCGUGACGCUGUACUGUCAACGCCUCAGAUCGCACCGUACAAUCACCACAACGGAAGCCAGGCCAGCUCGAGGAGCUCGCUGGCACCGCACGGUCUCGGCUUACGCGGUGGAAACAAGAGUCACUCGCCAGUACUGGGCGAAGAAACAAAGGACUCGCCAACAAUACCAGCAUACCAUUCGAGACCGCCUUCAGCUCAGAGAUACUCGCCAUCCUUCCACAGGUCCAAUGGUGGCUCACCGGAAAAUGGCGGGCCCCGCUCGAUCAUGUCGACCUCCCUCGCAUCGAUAGAUUCCGAGGGAAGCUGGCUCUCGGGAAAACUCGGUCCGCGGACGUCGGUACAGCAACUCAGUCCCCUCCGGACCAGCGCUUCGUCCCUACGGAAGCGGUACCAGGAGCUCGACGGCGACGACGUGGUCAUGGAUGACGACGGCUACUUCACCGGCGUUGCCAAGGGUGCCAAAGAACCGAGGGAAGACGACGAUGAAGAGGUGGGCGGCGCAGUGUUGGACCUGGAAGACAGCGACGAUAGCGCCUCAAUAAACAGCGAAGACGAACGGAACAUGUGGCGAGAAGGCGGCAAGAAGCGGGUACAAGUGCAAAGCCCGUUCCGCGGCCUACGGCGAGAGGGGACGAUAUACAUCGAGGAGGGCGAAUCGCCCAAAGAUGAAACGAUGCCGAUGGAUACACCGGGCGAAAACGACGCGUUCUCUACACCGCUGGAACACCCGCUCUUCAGGAGAGAGCAGUCGUCGAAGUCGGUCUAUCAAACGCCAAUGGAACACCCGGUGCGACGCGGAUCGUAUUUCGGCCCGUCGGCACGAUGAUGAAGAGAUAACACAUUCAUUUAACAUUUUCCUAUGUACUCUACACCCCCGACACUCCUUACUAUUUUUCUAUGUCUAUGAUCGAGGUUCGAGAUUCGAAGAAGAAGAAGAAGAAGAAGAUAUAAUCAAUCAAUCAAUCAGUAUGCUCCUGUGUGUUCUCGUGUGUUUGUGUGUGUGUGUGUGUUGG